GCACCUUAAUGUAAAGAACUUCAUUUAAAAUAUAAAGUUCCAUAUUAAAACUAUCUUAUUAAAGAAUUCUAGUAUAAAUUAGGUUUUAAUUGAACACCCGCAACCGCUACUGCCAAAAUUAAAAAACGAAAUUAUCACUGCAAAAAUUUAACAAUAACGUUGGUGUAUUAUCUUAACAGAAUACUUCAAAAUAAACGUAUAAAAGAAAAAAUGUACAAGUUCUCGACUUUUAUCACAACUAAGUAUUGGAUCGAACGGUUAUUUGAUCGCUUUCAAAUAUAAAAGAAAAUCACGUAGACAAAAAAGAACGUCGCGACGUUUACUUCUUAGGAGGAUGUACUCUCAACAAUUAAAAUAUGUGCUUGUGCUAUUGCUUAUUAAUGCGGCAUUAUGUCAAAACAUUAAGGAAGAAAAGAGUUUCACCACUGCUAUCGCGAACAUGGAGCGAUUGCUAAGAACAGAGAUUCAGCUUAUAGCAGAGUUAGAAAACUUUGCCAAUGAAUUACAAACAAAACUGAGUAUCAUACGCAGCGGUGCGGCUAUGAUGCGGCGGGAAAAUCUUAAAUCAAAAAGUGAUCCAGAGAAAUAUUUAUCGAAUCCCUUAAAUGCGUUUUCACUUAUGCGUCGUAUGCAAGCAGAUUGGAUUAGUUGGGAACUGUUUAUGUCGAAAUCCGUUGGUGAAGCUAAUAUAAAAGCUGUGCAGCAGUUGAGGGAAAAUGUGCCUGACGCUAAAGAUCUCUCCGAAGCAAUAUCAGCAAUUUACCGCCUGCAAAGAACUUAUGACUUAAAGGCAUCCGAAAUGGCAGCUGGUUACUUACAUGGCAAUCAAUAUGAGGCCAAACUAUCAUCACUCGAUUGUUAUACAAUAGGAGUGGGGCUGUUUGAUCGAGAGAUGUACUAUGAUGCAGGGUUCUGGUUAUAUAUCGCGCUAGAGUUAUAUGAUCAAAAUGAUCUUUUUACUGCUAUUGAAUUUAAUAAAGUGAAGAUUUUAGAAAUGUAUGCGGAAACAAUGCUGAAGCAUAAUAGACCAGAAGAUGCUCUUUUAGUAUUAGAUAAAGCAAUUGAUUUAUCUCCGCGAAGUGCAACACUUCUGAGUAAAAAAAUUGAUAUUAAAGCAAAGAUAAGAGUAGAUAAGUCACCACCCAAAGUUUAUUCGAUUAAGGAACCAUCUGACUAUGAACGAGGAUGCCGUGGAGAAUACGACGAUAAAAUGCCUCAAAUGUAUUGUACUUUUAACACCACGACUACGCCAUUUUUACGAAUUGCACCUCUUAAAAUGGAGAUUGUGCAAUUAGAUCCCUACAUGGUUAUCUACCAUGAUGUGAUAUCCGACAAAGAAAUAGCUAUUCUCAAACAUAUGGCAAUACCACAACUAAAAAGAGCUACAGUCUAUAGUGAAAAUUCUAGUAAAAGUGUUGUGGUUGACAGGCGAACUUCUCAAUUCGCGUGGUUUUAUGAUAAAACAAAUGAUGUGACAAUACGACUCAAUGAGCGGAUAACUGACAUGACAGGUUUUAAUUUGGUGGGAUCGGAAAUGUUGCAGGUGAUGAAUUACGGUCUCGGAGGUCAUUAUGAUACACAUUAUGACUUUUUUAAUGUUUCUGCGGAUACCGAAAUUAUACGUACAACUGGAAAUAGAAUUGCAACUGUCCUAUUUUACUUAAGUGAUGUUGAACAAGGAGGUGCAACGGUUUUUCCAAAUAUAGAAACAUCUGUUUUACCAAGGAAAGGCAUGGCAGUUAUGUGGUAUAAUCUUAACAAUAGAGGGGACGGAAAUUGGUUGACAUUGCAUGCAGCUUGUCCUGUUAUAGUUGGAUCCAAAUGGGUAUGCAAUAAGUGGAUAAGGGAACGAAAUCAACUUUUUACAAAGCCCUGUGCCAGGGAAAACGAACAACCUCGAGGUGACAUUUGUCGUAUCGGAAUCAAAGCACCAGCAUUCUGUAAGAGGGAUCCAGACCUCUACUUCAUCCAGAUGGAAUCUCAAUUCAGAAACGCAGGAAUUACAACUGACCAAACCAAAUAUGAUCAUGUAGUCGGCAGUCUUGACAGCGCUACCUUAAGAAAUAUCGCGGACAUUGUUCGUGCUCCCCCUGCUGUAGAAAAAUACGAAGCGGUUAAGAAGCGACUAAUUCAAGACUUUGCAGACUCCGAAAAUCGAAAACUGCGGCGACUAGUUCAGGAGUGCCAGUUAGGUGAUAGCAAGCCAACAGAUUUGUUGCGCACCAUGCGCGAUUUAGCCAGCGGCGCCAUGAAUGAUGGAGCAAUAAAACAAUUGUGGCUGGAUCGUUUGCCUGAAGCAGUGCGAGCAGUCGUUUCAAUUUCGGAGGCUGACUUGGACAAAUGUGCGCAGCAAGCAGAUCUGAUGUUGGAAAUGGGAAACUACAAUUCUGUAGCUGUUAUCAACACAUCUGCACAGAAUAAUGAUCAUAUCAUGAAAGCCAUAGACGCCUUGAGUAAGCAGGUUGCGGAAUUAAAAACUGCACAAAGACGAAGCAGAACAAGAUCUCAAACUCCAGAUCGCAAGCGACAUCAUUCAACCCGUACUGAUUCACAAGUAAAACGUUAUCCUAUGUGUUACUAUCACUAUCGUUUCGAAAUGGAAACUGAACACGAUGAAGCGCUUUCGAUUGGAUUAGAGUACUUUGAAAAUCCCGUUAAUAAAUAUCUGUUAACAAAGCGUCUUUUAGUAGAUUGGGAGCGGGUGCAAAACUUAAUUGAACAUAAAUCUGGAAAAAAACAUUUGGAUAAAAUCAAAAAAAGUAUGCAAAAAGAGAUGUUUCCUGAUGAAUCGGAAUUGAGAGGAGCUAUCGAAGGAUUUUUACGUUUGCAAGACAUAUAUCGGUUAAAGACUAACGAUAUGGCCUCUGGUGUACUGCAGGGUAGAGUGUAUCCUACUUAUUUAGAUGCGUCACUCUGUUUCGAUAUAGGUCAACAAGCCAGUAAUAUUAAUAAACCAAAACUGGCACAUUCUUGGUUUUUGAAAGCUUUGGACAAAAAUGGUGAUCCUAACAAAACUAAUUUAACACUGCAGAUUAAAAUUCUUGAUUCGUUGGCUCAAAGUAAAAUUGUGUUGAGAGAUUUUAGAGGUGCAAAUCAAAUAUAUAUGAAAUUGCUAUUGCUAACACCGGAUAAUAAAGCAUUUGUUAAGAAAUAUGCCAGCUUCCUAGAAAAAUAUAGGAAACAGAUUAUUUUAGAAGUGGACUUAAUGGAUGAACACGAGCCACUACCUGUUAAUAUGUACAAUCUUAGUGAAGAUGACGCCUAUAAGUUAACUUGCAGUGGAUAUUUAAAACGUAGUGCUAGUGAAGAACGGUACUUAAGGUGCGGAUAUUUAACAGAGACACAUCCCUUUUUAAAUUUAGCACCAAUUAAAGUUGAGGAACUAAACCAUGAUCCUUUGUUGGUACUUUAUUAUGAUAUAAUAUCCGAUAAUGAGAUUGCGGUUAUGAAGGAGUUGGUUCAUAACAGAAUUCAAAGAGCGACCAUUAUUGGACAUAAUGGCUCAGUUAUAUCUCCCGUUCGAACUAGUCAGUUUGUUUUCUUACCAAAAUCUCAACAUAGAUUGUUGGAAACGAUUGAUAGACGCGUGGAAGAUAUGACGAAUCUUAAUAUGCUUUAUUCAGAAGAUCAUCAGUUUGCAAAUUAUGGUGUCGGUGGACACUAUGCACAACAUUAUGAUUGGUUUUACAAUGCAGAUAAAUCCUUAAUAGCAUCUCCAGAGAUGGGAAACCGCAUCGGAACAGUUUUGUUUUAUCUUAGUGAUGUCGAACAAGGUGGAGGAACAGCGUUUCCGCACUUAAAGACGCUGCUGAUGCCUAAAAAGGGAACAGCAGCAUUUUGGUACAAUUUACAUGCUUCGGGUGAUGGUGAUAUGCGUACUUUACAUGGUGCUUGUCCUAUAAUUGUUGGAUCCAAAUGGGUUCAAAAUCGAUGGAUCAGAGAAUUCUAUCAGGACGAACGACGACCAUGUCUCAUGUAUAAUGACAAAACGUAAAUAAAGGUUUAUUUAUGUUAUAUGCAUAUUGCUUAAUACUUAUAGUUCUUCUAAGAAAACAACACAAGUUAUUAGUUUAGAAGUCUCUUUAUAUGAGCCUUCAGAUAAAUGUAGAUUUAAUUAUUAUUUAAUUUAUAUAAAUACAUUUAAGUUACAAUUUGCUUAAUUUUCUUAAUGUUCCAGAUAAAAUAUUUGUAAAUAAUGUAUUUUAAUAUGACUUCUUAUUUAACAAACAUCUAUUAAUAAAUCUGUGUUUUUAUAUAAACACCAACAUUUUUACAACUAAACAUCACACUUAUAUUUCUAAAAAUUACACAUUUAAAACAAUUUUCAUUUCAUUUAAUAGUAAUAAUUAUUGUUCGAAAGGACACCGAGUGAGUUUUGCGUGUAAAUACUUUUAAGUUUACUAAAAUUUAAUUUUUUAAAUUCGCUUUAAAGUUUUGAUUUCAGGUAAAAUAUAUUUUGAGUGUUAUUUUCUUCUUUAUAUUAGGAAAAGUCUGUGCUUUGUUGAGUCAUUUCUUUCUCAUUUGGUGGUUCUUUAUCAGUUUGUAAUUUGUCUUGUAUAAAACAAUGAUUAAAUUACUUUUCAAAGGGGAUUGUCUUAAGGAGCACACCUAACAUUAAUAUACGAGAGAUUGUGUACUAUAUACGAGUAUGUAUACAUGUUCCAUGAAUCUCAUAUUUGAACAAUUUUAGUUUUUUUUAAUAUAUGUAUUUUUUCUUAUAAUAUGCGUAUGAUAAAAUUACAAAAAAGUUUUAUUAAAAAAUAUUUUUCGUUUAGUGAAAUUACAGUUUCUUAAUUGUUUCUUAAUUAGUUUUCUUCAAUACUUAAAAUAGUAUCAUAUCGUAAUUUAUACGUGAUAUAUAUUUUUUGUUUAACAUUUAAAAUUAGUGCUUCACAUAAAACACAUACGUAUGAUAAAGGAUAAUAUG